UGCCGUUUUUUCCGAGGACAAACCGUAGCGGCGUGGUGGAAGCCAUGUUAAUGCGGGGCACUACCAUCUCUUUGCGGGGCACGACGGCGAGGUGUUGGAAAAGCGAAACGGAGAGCGGAAAAGGGCUCGAAUGGCGUCUGGGCGGCCAGAGGAACUGUGGGAAGCCGUCGUGGGGGCCGCCGAGCGCUUUCGGGCCCGCACUGGCACAGAGCUGGUAUUACUGACUGCAGCACCACCGCCACCCCCCCGCCCAGGGCCCUGUGCCUAUGCUGCCCAUGGCCGUGGAGCCCUGGCAGAGGCUGCCCGACGCUGCCUCCACGACAUUGCACAGGCACACAGGGCUGCCACUGCCACCCGACCUCCUGGCCCCCCACCAGCACCACAGCUGCCCAGUCAUGCUCCUAGCCCACCACCUCGGCCAGCCUUGGCCAGGGAGGAGGAUGAGGAAGAUGAGGACGAGCCCACUGAAACAGAGACAUCUGGGGAGCGGCUGGGCGGUAGUGAUAAUGGAGGUCUCUUCAUGAUGGAUGAGGAUGCCACCCUCCAGGACCUGCCCCCCUUCUGCGAAUCAGACCCGGAGAGCACAGAUGACGGCAGCCUGAGUGAGGAGACACCCGCCGGUCCCCCAGCCUGCCCCAAGCCCCCGGCCACAGCCCUGCCUACCCAGCAGUAUGCCAAGUCUCUGCCUGUGUCGGUGCCAGUGUGGGCCUUCAAGGAGAAGAGGACAGAAGCCCGAUCGUCAGAUGAGGAGAAUGGCCCGCCCUCCUCCCCCGACCUAGACCGAAUAGCCGCUAGCAUGCGCGCGCUGGUGCUGCGGGAGGCCGAAGACACCCAGGUCUUCGGGGAUCUUCCGCGCCCGCGGCUCAACACCAGCGACUUCCAGAAGCUGAAGCGGAAAUACUAAGCUUGCAGAACGCCUCGGCGUGCGGGAGCCCGCGGUCUGCUCUGCCCAGCGACAGAACAAUUCUUUGCGGGAUCGGCUAGCUCCGCUUGGGCGGGGCUGGUUGUAGACGCUCAGAGGGUCGACUCCGUUUCUUGCCUAGCAACAGAAGCUUUGCCCGCACAGCCUUGACUCGCGGCCCCAGGGCAGAGCCCAGCUGCGGGAGCUGGCGCUGCUCAGCCAGUGUCCGAAGAGUUGCCAGCCGCCCCCUACCCGACUGGCCCCGGCCUCUGGGAGUGUGGCCAAGCCCUCCCUAACCCAGAAUUGGCCCGAGGCCUUGAAUUUCUUACACUACUAGGGCUGUUAAUCGAUUGGUUUUGUUUUCCUUUGCCUGAGUCCUGACAGUUGUAUCCCGGUCCCCCGGGGAACAGUCUGGUCCUUCUCUGUGUCUGACGCCCCUAUAGGUUCCACCGCACGACAGACUGUACAUCAAAACUUGUCCUGUGCCCAGGACGGUACCAGCUUCCUGUCCCCCGACCCUAACAGGUGCCUUAAAAGGCCCUCUCCCACCCUAGGUGGGGGGGCCGGGGGGGCCUCACUUUCCGGCCCUAGACUUGGGUACGGGAGAGUGGGAUGGGGGUAGGGAGGGGCGCUCUGAGAUUAAAGUUUUACCUCUGACUAG